AUGGACGAGAAUGGAUCAGUUUAUGUCGUUGACUUUGGACAACAUCAAGUGAGACGAUAUCGAAGAGUACAAUUGAAAGGAACAGCGGUUGCCAGUGGCAAUGGAAAAGGAAACUGUCUCAAUCAACUCUAUCACCCAACAUGCGUAUUCAUCGAUCGAGAUCAAUCCAUCUACGUGUUUGAUACUGGAAAUAAUCGGGUGAUGAAAUGGAUGAAGGGUGCAACAGAAGCCAUUGUUGUGGCUGGUGGUCAAGGACGAGGAUAUUGUCUUACACAAUUGUCAUAUUCCAAUGGAGUUGCUGUCAAUCAAUUAGGCACUGUCUAUGUGACUGAUUGGGGAAAUAAUCGAAUUGUGCGUUGGCCCAAAGGAGCUGCACAAGGAAGUGUCAUUGUUGAUGCAAACUGUCAAGGAGAACAAUCGAAUCAACUGAGAUGA